AAAAGAACAUCAGGCGCACGAUUAGAGCACCCUUACUGUAACUAUGCUAACAUGCACCACACCUUGAAAUCAGUCAAAAUCACUAACUACCACCGAUCAUGAACACACAAAAUCGAGUUUCAGCAAAACCCCAUUAAAAAAAACCUCAACUUUCACCAAAAUACAUCAACAACAAUGGCAGCAUCAACUUGUAUCCUGAAUCUUGAACUCAACACAAAAAGUUGCACCAAAUGUGUUAUUUCAAGAACAAAGAAUUCAACUUUGUUGCAGAUCAAUAAGAAAAAGACCCACUUGUGGAUCUCAAACAAGAGAAGAAAUAAGGGUAAUGGAGUCAUGUGUUAUGCUAGGUUUCCUGCUGAUGAAGUGAGGGAUAUGCAAAGGAAACUUGGUAUUGGAGGUGGAGAACCAGCUGUUGAAAGUCAAAGUCAAACUAAGGUGGUUAAUGAGGUCAAACAAGAUACACAAGUGAAGGGUGCCCUGUAUAACUUUCUUAAUCCGGAUAAAGAGCUUUUACCGGAAGAUAAAGAAAUGAGUCUUUUCGAUCAUUUAGAAGAAUUGCGGGGACGACUUUUUGUGUCGGUUUUGGCAGUUGGAGCUUCAAUCAUGGGGUGUUUUGUAUACUCAAAGGAACUCAUAUUGCUUCUAGAAGCUCCUGUUAGUAGUCAAGGUGUUAGAUUCUUGCAGUUAGCUCCUGGAGAAUUUUUCUUCACAACCUUAAAGGUAUCUGGGUACUGCGGCAUUCUAUUAGGAAGCCCGGUGAUUCUGUACGAAAUCAUAGCGUUUGUUCUUCCGGGAUUAACGAAAUCAGAAAGAAAGUUUCUCGCACCGAUAGUUCUUGGAUCAUCGAUACUUUUUUACGCCGGAAUUGCGUUUUCAUACUCGGUUCUCACUCCAGCCGCCUUGACUUUCUUUGUUACGUAUGCCGAAGGGGCCGUUGAAUCGUUGUGGUCAAUUGAUCAGUAUUUUGAGUUCGUGCUCGUACUUAUGUUCAGCACAGGGUUGUCUUUUCAGGUUCCGGUGAUACAGUUAUUGUUAGGGCAAGUUGGUUUGGUAUCCGGGGAUCAAAUGUUGUCGAUAUGGAGAUACGUGGUGGUUGGUGCGGUUAUUGCUGCUGCUAUUGUAACUCCUUCAACUGACCCGCUUACUCAGUUGCUUCUGGCGGGUCCACUUUUGGGUCUUUACUUUGGUGGUGCAUGGACCGUUAAGUUGAUGGGGCAGUAACCUGUCCUGGCGAUGCGUGGACCGUUAACUAGCUUGUAGACGGCUAACAAGGUCAGGUUCCAAAUGCUGGAUGAUUAUGUUAGUCGAAAGAUUGUCAUUUUGUUGUAAUCUUGAUUUUGUUGUAAUGUUGAACCCGUGUCCUAUCGGUUUAAUGGUUCAACGGGUCUAGGAACCAGAAGACCAUAGUUACUCUUGUUGUUUUACAAUAAAGUAUAAAUAAUGAUUUUACGUUUAAAUGGGUC